AUGCGGCGCCGGCGCCCCAGGCCUCUGACCCGGUUCCUUCCGGCCUCGCGCCCCCCCCCGCCCCAUGGUAGUGGAGCACCCCCGAGCGGCACCCCUCCCCCGCACCCCUCCGGAACUUUCAAGCCUACCGGCCCGCCCCCUAGCGGCACUCCUCCAGCUCAGAAUCGCCGCCGCGGCAUCAUGAACCGUCGCCAAAACUCGGCCCUCCCAUCCCCGCCGAGUGGAGCGCCUCCCAGCGGUACUCCCCCUCCUCGCCCAAGCGGCGCACCGCCCUCUGGUGUCCGACCGAACGGUCCUCCUCCCUCUGGAGCACCCCCUUCUGGAGCCCCCCCUAGCGGUGCUCCUGCUCCUACGGCCAACGCUAAGCGUGCUGAACCUUCUGGUGUGAAGCCGUCUGGACCUCCUCCUUCCGGCACUCCUCCCGCAGGUCCUCGCCCCUCGGGUGCUCACCCCUCUGGUCCCCCUCCCUCCGGCGCUCCUCCUUCGGGUGCCCCGCCCAGCGACGGCCCCAAGCCUACCAACGCCAAGCGCGCUGACGAUGCUGCUCCCACUGGCGUCAAGCCGACUGGAACCCCUCCUUCCGGUACCCCGCCCUCUGGUACUCCUCCUCCCCGUCCCAGCGGUCCUCCUCCAUCCGGUGCGCCUCUAGGCCCUCCGCCUUCUGGAGCCCCCCCUAGCGAUGCUCCUGCUCCUACGGCCAACGCUAAGCGUGCUGAGCCUUCUGGUGUGAAGCCUUCUGGACCUCCUCCUUCCGGCACUCCUCCCGCAGGUCCUCGCCCUUCGGGUGCUCUCCCCUCUGGCAGCCCCCCUCCGAAGCCCACUGGAACCCCCACAGGUCCCCCUCCCUCCGGUGCUCCGUCUGCUCUCCCCCAGCAGCAGCGCCGUCAGGAGUCUUCUCGCCCUGCCCCUCCUUCCGGCACUCCUCCUGCCGGACCUCGUCCUACCGGUACUAAGCCUGAGGGUGUUCCUCCCAGCGGCACCCCGCCUCCCAAGCCUACCGGAACCCCCACUGGCCCUCCUCCUUCCGGUGCUCCUCCCGCUCCUCCUCAAAGGGUUUAA